AUGUCCGAUGAAUCGCAACGCCUUGACAUGUUCAUGUGGACUGGUGUUAUCUACUCCAUGGCCGUGGUGUUUGUCGUUCUACGAAUCGUCGGCAAGUUGGUGAAUAAGAGGCUAGCAAUGGACGACUAUAUCGUCGUUUUUGCUCUGGUGUUAUGCGCAGUACCCGCAGGAUGCACCUUGGCCAUCUACAUUUCUUGGUCGACCUACAUCGCUGUGCUUGGCCUCAUCAAACUUUCCCUCAUCGCGUUCUACCUCGAGAUCUUCCAAACGAAAAGCUUCCGGAUCACCGCUUACAUCUUCGGAGCCGGCAUCAUCAUCAACUCGACCGUCAUCGUCUUUCUGACGAUCUUCAUAUGCACGCCAGUUGAAUCCUUUUGGAAUCGAGACAUCAAGGGGCAGUGCCUAGACAUUCAAGCAGUACCGAUGGCAAACUCCAUCAGCGCUAUCGUGCAGGACAUCCUCCUGCUAAUCCUACCUUUAUUCUUCAUCCGCAACUUACAGAUGAGGCGCUAUAAGAAGGUCGCCGUUUGCUUCAUGUUCGCCAUCGGAACUUUCGGAUGCAUCGCGACUAUCAUCCGCCUAUUCGUCUUACUCACGUUUAAGAUCUCUGUGGAUCCUACCUGGGACUACGUGAAGGUCACCGUCUGGACGGAGUUGGAACUUGCGGCAGGUUUCGCCUGCGUAUCGCUGCCAUCCAUUCGGAUACUGGUGGUCAGGAUGCUGCCCAAGAACGUCAUUGAGUUCUUUACCGAGAUCACUCAGUCCUCGAAACAAAAGAACUCGGACCCAAAGAACGUGCACGCGCAUGCCGCCCCAGUGGAACGACCCGGGAAGAAAGAGUGGCGCAAGCCUGCGGGCUGGGACUGGGUUUCUCUGGGCGCUGAAGAGAGUGAUUCUCCAUUAGCCACCAGGAAGAGUAUGGUCAGUGGUCGCUGGCCUUGGGUUGCGACAUCACCCCUCACCUCACGCUUCUCGACACAUCCACGCGGCGGUUCCCGCCUCCUCAGUUCAGCGAUGAGCAAUCAUAGCGACACCGACACUCGGAUCCGGGCUUGGUCAGCAAAGGAGAAUGAAGCUCAGAAAAACGCCAUGGAACUACGCGAGGUACCACAAAAUGAGAUCGAAUUUGGAGACGUACGUGUGAACAUUGCAAACGAAGUCACGGCGUUACCCAAGAUCGGAUGUCUCCCCGAGCGAUCGUACUCUCAUGAGCAUGAACGUACGAGAGGGUCCAAGUGGUUAUUUAAGAAGCAGAAGCGGAGUCAUAACGAGCCUGUAUGA